GGUCAGUUUACUCACGCUUAGCCUUUGCCUAUCAGUAUGCCCACAGUUGCAAAGCUUGUACCAGAGGAGACUGUAUUCUUCCUCUGCGACGUGCAAACACGUUUCAGUACGCCUGGCUCUGGAUCCACUGAACAACAUACAUUAACCGUUGUGUUAUUCCGAAUCAGAGAAUGUCAUCUUCAGCUUUGACGAGCUUGUCUUGACAAUCAGUAAGAUGCUCAAGAUCGCAAAGGUGUUGGAGAUCCCUGUGGUCGUCACGGAACAGAACCCCAAAGGCCUUGGAAAUACCAUCCCCGACAUCGAUUUACCUUCCUUAGGGCCUCUUCUCCUUGCUACCAUCGAGAAAGGGCUCUUCUCCAUGGUGACGCCGGAAGUAAAGGCCCUACUCUACGAACGCCCACAGGUAAAAUCUGUGGUGCUUUUUGGCAUUGAGUCCCAUGUCUGCGUGUUGCAAUCUGCUCUUGAUUUUAUCGAGGCAGGAUAUAAUGUCCAUGUGAUAGCAGAUGGUGUCUCUAGCUCUAAUAAAGAAGAGAUACCCUUUGCCCUGGCGCGGAUUCGACAGAGUGGUGGAUAUAUCACCACGAGCGAGAGUGCGGCCUUUCAACUGCAACGGGAUGCUGGUGUUCCCGGGUUCAAAUCGUUCUCGAAUAUCAUAAAGGAAGAGAAAGAUAACACGGUGAGAACGUUGCAGAAGCUAUUACAACACCGCGCUGUCUUGUAGACUAUAAUUUCCCUGCAGUUUGCUAUUUUGUCCGCUGGCGCCCUUCAUAUGGAAAAGACGUGGGAGCAAUUUCACUGUCCAGAUUCGUGCUGCGUCAUUUCGAGUCGGAGCUUGAGCUUGAGUGUUCAUUAAUAUUUCGAGUCAUUGCCGAAGUCUGCAUUAUAAUGUGCAUAGCGGUUGUAGCAGUUGAGGCGGGAAACUUGACCACUGUUGAUGGGCGUCAAACGUCACUUUCAAUAUCAUUAUUAACGCGGUUGAUGGCUCCUUGAUGCGCAUAUCUUUGAGUGUCUCAGGUCUGAGAAGUCAAGGUCGAUUCAGUUACUGUCGAAGCUCAGCAACCAACACACCCUCGCUCACGCUUGUGCAGAUCCAGGACUUAUUAU